UGUAAGAAAUCUUGCAUUUGUCUUCUUAUGUUUUAAAUUAUCUAAGUAGAUGCAUAGGUUUGAACUUGUAGAUUCUGCACUCCCCUUCUCUUUUUUUUUUUUUUUUUUUCUGAUUAGUGAUAUAGCUAACUACUGUUUAAACAUAUCUAAAACCACAUCAAAGAGCUAAGCUAUUGGUACGGUUAUAUAAACGUGUUCAGUAGAUGUUUGUUGGAUUACUCAUAAUUAGGGUUUCAUUCACAGAAUAGGGUUUACAUCUCUGUUUUGAUUUGAGUUGUUUGUUUAGGCUGGUUGGAUGGGAGUACUUAGAAGUGUGAAUUUAGAAAAGAAUGCUCUUUUAUUGAUAUCCAGAAUCUCAUUUUAGUUUUAGUGGCGAUUUUAUGAGGUUUCAUUUGGAGUUUGGAAGAUAUUGUGGUUUAUGAGAAAGAGAUAUCAAUGAAUAACAAUAAUCCUGCGAAAAGCUUAGGGACACCGUUGGCAUUUGCCAAUCCUGGCACGCUAACACAGCCUUUGCCUGUCCAACCAUCUCACCAUCCACAACCUCAAACACAGGGGGUGCCUGCCUAUCCAGGCCACUUUCAGCUGUCUGAACCGCAAGCCCAAGUGCAUGGUCAUUCACAAUAUGCACAGGCAGCUCAUGCUCAGUUUCAAUCUCAGGUACAAUCAAGUAACCAUUCCACUGCGCAGCUCCAAAGCCCUAAUCCUAGUAAUGCUGGUGUACCAUCACCGUCUGUGUCUGCAGCGGGCACUACAAGUGCCAAAAGGGCUAACCAGAAACCCCCUUCUAGGCCUCCAGGUGGCUCAUCCAAUACUAAUACAGCUUCACCAUUUAAAACUAUGGAAUUGACUCCAGCUGCGCGGAGGAAGAAGCAGAAGAUCCCUGAGAAGCAGAUUCCCGAUAAAAUAGCUGCAAUUUUGCCAGAGUCUGCACUUUAUACUCAGAUGCUUGACUUUGAGGCUAGGAUAGAUUCAGCUAUGGCAAGAAAGAAGAUUGAUAUUCAAGAGUCACUAAAAAAUCCCUCGCGCAUCCAGAAAACACUUCGAGUUUAUAUUUUUAACACUCAUGAAAAUCAAGCGCAAGGUGAGAAGAAUAAUGCAGAGCCUCCUUCUUGGUCACUGAAGAUUGUUGGGAGGAUACUAGAAGAUGGCAAAGAUCCACUGCUGUCUGGAAAGCCGCAAAAGUCAUAUUCAAAAUUCUCAUCUUACUUUAAAAAAAUUACAAUAUACUUGGACCAGAGCCUGUAUCCAGAUAAUCAUGUGAUACUGUGGGAGAGUGCUCGUUCGCCUGUACUUAGCGAGGGCUUUGAAGUGAAGAGAAAAGGAAACAAGGAAUUUACUGCAAUAAUUAGACUAGAAAUGAAUUAUGUGCCAGAGAAAUUCAAGCUUUCACCUUCUUUGUCAGAAAUACUUGGAAUUGAGGUAGAAACCCGUCCAAAAAUUUUGGUGGCAAUUUGGCAUUAUGUGAAAUCUAAAAGGUUGCAGAUCCCAAAUGACCCAUCUUUCUUCAUGUGUGAUCCUCCCCUUAAGAAAUUGUUUGGAGAAGAGAAGGUGAAAUUUGCUAUGGUUUCGCAGAAGAUAAGUCAGCACUUAACUCCUCCACAGCCUAUUCACUUGGAGCACAGGAUAAAAUUAUCAGGAAAUUGCCCAGCCGGAACAACUUGUUAUGAUAUUAUAGUUGAUGUUCCUUCACCAUUGCAAAAGGACCUUGCUGCAUUUUUAGCAAGCUCUGAGAAGCACAAGGAAAUAGAUGCUUGUGAUGAAUUAAUAUGUGAUUCUAUAAAGAAGAUACAUGAGCAUAGAAGGAGGCGUGCUUUCUUUCUUGACUUUAGUCAGUCUCCAGCAGAAUUUAUUAAUACUUUAAUUGCUUCACAGAGCAAAGAUCUAAAGCUUGUAUCUGGAGAUGCAAGUCGUCAUGCAGAAAAGGAGCGCCGUUCUGAUUUCUAUAAUCAGUCAUGGGUUGGAGAUGCUGUUAUUCUUUACCUGAAUCGCAAGUCUGCUGGAAAUAAUACUCCUGGAAGCACUUGAAUCAAGGAUUCUCAAAUUGACAACUGGUGGCAUAUACGUCAAGACUUGUAACGUCUUUCUGGUCGUUUCAUCCUUGUGCUGAUAUUGAUCAACUUGGUUAGAUGGAGCAGUUUAGAUCCUUUAUUCUGUGGUCUUCUGGUGGAAUUCUUGUUCAAGUUGUAGUUCAUGAUGCUAUUUAUGUUUUAGGGAAAAAGGCGUGCUUUUUUGUUCUAUGUUUAUACAUGCUGAAAGCUUGUAAUGGUACACCUUUUUUUUUGGCAUUCAUUCUAGCAUCUUGACCGAUUCUAAACAUUCAAUUCCUCUAUUUAGUUAACAAGGAUCGAAGUUACUAGGGACAA